CUCCUCCUCCUCCUCCUCCUCCUGGACCACAACAGAUGGUGACAACAACAACAUUGCAUUCGGCGCGGACGCACUACAACACGCCGCGACAUCCUGUCCGUACAAGGACCGCAAUGCUCCAGGGGCAGCACGGCGUGAGCCUGUGACUCGCCGCACGGCAGCCCCCCCACACGACCACCGGGAAGAAGCUUCUCGCCUGCCUCCGUCGAGCGGGGAAGAUGGCCGCUAUGAAAAUGUUAACCAGCGGAGGGCUCUUCCUGGCGUUCUGUGCGCUGGGGCUGCUCGCCAUGGCUAUUUGUACCGACUAUUGGUACGAGACGGACGCAAGGAGACACCGGGAGAGGUGUAAAAACUACGCCAACAAACGCAACGACCCGGGCUACAUCUACAUCUCCAACCACAACCUCCCUCUCCAGAUGCCUCCUAGGGAGACCGCGGAGGCCCGGCCUCUCCUCAGGGGGAAGCGGCACUUCGUGGCGGCAGCCUCCGCGAUGGAGUCCCACUGCAGUCGGCAGUUUAACUCCACCGUGUCGGGCCUUUGGAGGAAGUGUCACCGGGAGGGAUUCGACCUGGAGACGGAGGACCUUAUUUACAAAGGGAUCAUUCAAAGAUGUACCCCAGUAAAGUAUCACUACACUUCGUCCAUCCUUCCACGAAACUUGUCUGUAAACAUCACGAAGACCAUACGACAGGAUGAGUGGCAUGCACUUCAUCUAAGAAGAAUGACGGCUGGCUUUGUGGGUAUGGCCGUGUCCAUCAUUCUUUUUGGCUGGAUCAUUGGAGUGCUGGGAUGCUGCCAGCAGCAUGACCUCAUGCAAUAUGUAGCUGGGCUACUCUUUCUAAUGGGAGGAACAUGCUGCAUCAUCUCGUUAUGCACAUGCGUGGCCGGCAUCAACUUCGAGUUGUCCCGCUACCCUCGCUACAUGUACGGCCUCCCCGAGGACAUUAGCCAUGGCUAUGGCUGGUCCAUGUUUUGUGCCUGGGGCGGCCUCGGCCUUACGUUGCUAGCCGGCUUCCUCUGCACCUUAGCCCCAUCUUUGAGCACGCCGACUCGCACGACGACCCACAAGCCGAGGCAAGAAAACGGAACCGUGUGACACUAAGCGCACAAAUCACACAGACUACACUUUUCAAAACCUUAUAAUGUUCAAAUCAGAAACUCUUUUUUUGGUCUGGUCACCACCUCACCUCACCCCGCCCUCGACAUCGCCGUCCCUCUCAGUGUUUCAUUGUGCCUGAGUCCUGACAGCACACAGUUUUGGAGCAAAGAACCAAGAGACUUUCACACACAUGAUUUUGACCCCCCCCCCCCCAAAAAAAAAAAAAAAAAAGGACAACUGGAAGUGUCCAACCUUACGUCUGACAGGCCAAUGGCUUGUAAUAGCACAAAUGUUUGGUGUUUUCGUCUUUGACUUGCCGACUUUAUGGCAAUCUGAAGGUGACUGUUUUACUAUGGUGCUCUCAUACACACUCCUAAAGGCACACACACGCUCAUUUUCUCCUGAUGAGAGAAAUUCUACAAAAAAAACAACAACAUUAUGACCAGGAGUGACCAUUGUUUACUGUCGGUGUAGCGCCAAGAUCGCAUCGGAUACCUGUAUUCUCUGCUGGGUGUGCAGAAAUCGCAUCAAAUCCUUUGAUUAUCGACGGAAGUGUUCUAAAUGUACAAAUGUGUCUACAAGUAGGUCCCGCUUCAUUUGAUUUUGAAUAAGGUUGUUUAUGUCUGUUAGUGUUGAGGCAACGGUGCCUGGCAGUAUGGAGGUGCAGCCUCAGCAGGAUGGUCUUGGAGACUUGUGCUUGGAGGAUAAAUCCAUUGUAGGAUUUAGCAACAUGACUUUUUUUUUUGGUCACAGAUAUAUGAAAUGCAUAACUGCAGAGAUGUAUCUUGCAGCUCUUCACUACAAAAAGGGGAACUUGAGUGUUAUUGUCUACCUUAUUGUGUAACUGGAAGAUUUAACGAGAUUCAUUUAAAACUGGUCACGGGUAAAUGUUACAGCGUUUUGGUUUUAAUGUUGCAAAUGUCGAUGGGGAAGUCUUCUCCAUCUUUAUAGUAGAGGAAAAAGAAGUCCAGUGAUGGUUGGGGGCAUUUCUGGGGCAGGGGUGAUGCAGCUGGAGAGGCUGAUUUGCUUGGUGAUUUUAAUUUUGGAAAAGAUGAUGUGUAACUAAGACAUUUCGGUAUUUGACGCCUUAAAUCAGGGGUGUCCAAACUUUUUCCACUGAGGGCCGCACAUUGAAAAAUCAAAGCUAGCAGGGGCCAUUUUGAUAUUUUUUAUUUUAAAAACCAAUACAAUAUAUGUAUAAAAAAUAUACAUUUAGGCUUCCAUUCAGGCUUGAUCCCAAAGGGUUUUGGUACCAAAAAUAUAAAAAAUGUGUCAUUAUUCAGUAUUAUUAUUUGUGUUAUUAUUCAAGUUUUUAAAUCUCUAGAUCAACAUUAGGUCUAUCUGUCAAUAUACAAUUUUUUAAAGAUUUAAAUUGUAUGCUCUUUUUGUCAAAGAAAACCCUUUUUUUAAUGAAAAAAACACAAAAUAUGCAAUGUUUUCACCCAAUAGAUUUUUUAAGUGGGAUAUUUGAGAUUAUAUAAUAAUUGGAGCCUUAAAAAGGGCAAUAACUCUUAACACCAUUGAUUGUAAUUCAUUAUUAUUUUUUGAGCAAUGACGCUUAAAAACUAAUCACACUAAAAUUGUAGGGAAUCCAAAAGGGUCCUACUCAUUAAAGUGUUAAAAAUAAAUUAUAAUUUUUUUUUUUUUUACUGUUUACUUUUAACACAAUAAUCUCGAGAUCAACUUCAGAUCUAUCUGUCAAUUAUAAGUUUUAUUGUUGUUUAUGUUUUUUGUUUGUUCGUUUUAGGCCCUUCUUUAAAAAAAACAGCUCGUUUUUUUACAUGGCAAACACAAAAUAUGCAACAUUUUCCCCAAAAAAUAUCUCAAAAUAUUUAAUGUGACGUAAUUGGAGCCUUGAAUAGGUCAAUAAUUCAUAAUGACAUUGAUUUGGAUUUAUUAUUAUUUUUUAAAGAAAGAAACAGCAUACGUGGCAGCUUUGUGUGAUUAGGGUAAACAGUGCUAUAUUUUCUUGUUACAUUUCACCUGUGUGCUCUUUAAAUACCACUUUUAAUGUUUUUUAUUUUUUUCAAUCGUAUUUUUAAAAUGUGCCAUGGGGCCGUUAAAAAAUGACCUGCGGGCCGCAAAUGGCCCCCGGGCCGCACUUUGGACACCCCUGCCUUAAAUCCUGUAUUUUGUACCUUCUAGCAAACGUAAGUGAACUUUGUUCCUGCAAUAAUCACCAACAUGAACAUUUAGGACUAAACAAAUUCAAAAGUGCUUGCAAGUAUCAUUGAUGUAGAAAGGGAAGGAUAGGACACAGGCCUAAGACAUCAGAGUGCCCUCUCUUAAAGGGGAACUGCACUAUUUCGGAAAUUUUGCCAACCGUUCACAAUCAUUACGAGAGACAAUAAGACAAAAGAUGUGUGUUUUUUUGUUUUUUUUACAUUUAUGCAUGUAAAAAUCGGCUCAUUCUUGGUGGCAAGCAUUGCAGCUAACGGGAGCAAACAAUUCUACCGCUAAAUCACUUUAAAAUUGCAUUCAAAAACCGUCAACAAUACGUCAUUUACGUUCCGUAACCUGCAUCAUAACCAAGCUGCAGCUGCUUCGGUAUUAGCUGUAAAAGCUCGCUACAGAAAGCAUGACGUGCUGCAUGUAUCUUGUACAAUAUUAAAGUGUGACUCGCUCGAUGGACAGUUGUGUGUUUGGUCCAGCUGGCAGUGGACGUUUUGGAAUUUUUUUGGAGUAAGCACUCCAUUUAUGUCGAAAUAGCAUUGGUCAAGUUCCACAUUUACAGCGCCAAAGUCACUUUCACCUCACUCUCUCAGCUUCCGUCUGCUCCAACGUCUCACCCUUCCUUCGUGCUUGCCUCUAAAAGCAGUAGUUCAUCCUCAGUAUGUUCAGCUUCAAAAAUAUACGGUUGUGUUGUCCUCAUUAGUCCAAAAAUAGUCGUCUUCAUUGUACACAUCUAGCUCGACAACACAUGUACUGUAGUUGUACUAACACGCAUGACGUGCUGCGUGUAUCUUGUACAAUAAUAAAGUGUGACUCGCUCGAUGGACAGUUGUGUGUUUGGUCCAGCUGGCAGUGGACGUUUUUGAAUUUUUUUGGAGUAAGCACUCCAUUUAUGUCGAAAUAGCAUUGGUCAAGUUCCACAUUUACAGCGCCAAAGUCACUUUGACCUCACUCUCUCAGCUUCCGUCUGCUCCAACGUAUCACCCUUCCUUCGUGCUCGCCUCUAAAAGCAGUAGUUCAUCCUCAGUAUGUUCAGCUUCAAAAAUAUACGGUUGUGUUGUCCUCAUUAGUCCAAAAAUAGUCGUCUUUGUUUUUUGUUAUCAAGUCUGCCAUGAUUAGAAAACACACUUGCGUUUGUUUAUGUAUGUAGGACACACAUUUGUUCCCAGAAGUCGGAAGUGCGCUGCUAUGGAAAAAUAAAUCAAUGCACUGAGAAAUUAGUUUCGGCAAUGGUUAAUAUGACCAAAACACGGUAAAUAUUGAACAUAUUACAUAUUGUUAUAAAGGUGUGUGUUACUAGGUUGUAUACGUAUAUACUUGCAGUGUGUUUACAAAACCUUGAUGGAGGGUUUUGAAGAUGUUUUAGAGGGCUUUGAAGGCUCCAGCGGUGACUCCCAUUAGACGUAUCUUCGAAGCGUUUUUAUCAUCUUUAGAAUCCUAAAAAAAAAGUCCAUGCAAGUUUUUGUCUCUCAUGAUUGUCAACGAUAUGCAAAAUUUAAAAAAAAGUGCUGUUCCCCUUUAAAUGAAAACAAAUAAAGUUUGUGCUUUUAAACUAAGGAAUGUAUCCAGUGGAUUUAAGUAAAAAUGAAAUGUAUUCUAGAAUAUUCUCACACUAGGGUAUAUUAUACAUCUGAAAUAAAAUCAUUUGGCCAAAAGACCUGGCAGGCAUUCAUUGACCUUGGACCUAUUUGCUUAUAUUAAAUUAGUCUCAGGGCAUUGGAUCAAAAGAAACUGAACUGUUCAGAUGGUCUUAGAAGACGUUUCGCCUUUCAUCCAAGCACCAUCCUUAAAUACUAGCUAGGACAGCUCUAAUCUGAGGGGAUGGUACGGGAUCCAAUGUAUUUAUCUGCUAUUGCAGAGAUAUGUUCCAGCACCAACAGUUUCACUCUUUUCUAGCUUAAAACAACCUUCUCAGAUGAUAGUGCGGAUGUACAGAAACUUUGAGGGUUCCCCUAUCCUAGUCACUGAGUUGUGUCCUUGAUAAAUGGGUUAUGGUAAAUGGGUUAUACUUGUAUAGAGCUUUUCUACCUUCAAGGUACUCAAAGCGCUUUGACACUAUUUCUACAUUCACCCAUUCACACACACAUUCACACACUGAUGGCUGGAGCUGCCCUGCAAGGCCCUAACCACGACCCAUCAGGAGCAAGGGUGAAGUGUCUUGCUCAAGGACACAACAGACGUGACGAGGUUGGUAGAAGGUGGGGAUCUAACCAGGAACCCCCAGCUUGCUGGCAUGGCCGCUCCCCCAACCGCGCCACGCCGUCCCCCUUUCUGCAAGAGAAUCCACCCACCUUGCUACCAGUGCCGCUCACACUGGUGUAUGAAUACGAACGAAUGUUUAGUGUUAGUCGGAGAGACUUUAGGUCAGGGCUAAUCAACUGGCGGCCGUGGGGCCAAAUCAUGACACCAUACCGAUCCCCGAGCUCAGUUUAAAACUUGGAAGACAAACAUUUUUGCAGCAAAUUCCUAAAAACUCUAGAGUGUUCCUGUUGUGUAGAGGAACUAAGACCACUGUAAACACAUGGGCAGAUCCUUGCAUUGACAUUCUAACCAUGCUACAGUAGCAAACUUACAACACUGGUGUACACAUUUGUGAUUUACAUACCGCAUUUUUCGGAGUAUAAGUCGCUCCGGUGUAUAAGUCGCACCGGCCGACAAUGCAUAAUAAAGAAGGGAAAACAACAUAUAUAAGUCGCACUGGAGUAUAAGUCGCAUUUUCUGGGAACAUUUAUUUGAUAAAACCCAAAACCAAGAAUAGACAUUUGAAAGGCAAUUUAAAAUAAAUAAAGAAUAGUGAACAACAGGCUGAAUAAGUGUACGUUAUAUGACGCAUAAAUAACAAACUGAGAACGUGCCUGAUAUGUUAACGUAACAUAUUAUGGUAAGAGUCAUUCAAAUAACUAUAACAUAUAGAACAUGCUAUACGUUUACCAAACAAUCUGUCAUUCCUAAUCGCUAAAUCCCAUGAAAUCUUAUACGUCUAGUCUCUUACGUGAAUGAGCUAAAUAAUAUUAUUUGAUAUUUUACGGUAAUGUGUUAAUAAUUUCACACAUAAGUUGUUCCUGAGUAUAUGUCGCACCCCCGGCCAAACUAUGAAAAAAACUGUGACUUAUAGUCCGAAAAAUAUGGUAACUGAGGCGUUCCUCAGGGCACCCCUUUAAGUCCUCUCUUUUUUGUCAGUUAUUUUUCAUAAUAUGAUUUAUGUCACUGGGGUGUUGCUGUAGCUUGUUUGCUUCAGAUGCAGUCAGUCGGCAUGUGUUCAACUUAUUUAGUUAUACCACUAGUGUCCCUCAUGGUUCCAUUUUAGGUCCUCUUUUUUUCAUCAUUCGUGCUAUUCAACUGGUGGCCUGCGAGUUUGAUUCAAAAAACUUUUUUGCAGAUAAAAAUCUAUAGUGGUUCGAGUGUCCGCCAUGAGAUCGGUAGGUUGUGAGUUCAAACCCCGGCCGAGUCAUACCAAAGACUAUAAAAAAUGGGACCCAUUACCUCCCUGCUUGGCACUCACCAUCAAGGGUUGGAAUUGGGGGUUAAAUCACCAAAAAUGAUUCCCGGGCGCGGCCACUGCUGCUGCUCACUGCUCCGCUCCCCUCCCAGGGGGUGAUCAAAAGUGAUGGGUCAAAUGCAGAGUAAUUAUUAUAUAAUUUCGCCACACCUAGUGUGUCUGUGACAAUCAUUGGUACUUUAACUUUAACUUUAUGUAGCUUUUUUGCAGAAUGCGUUUAAACACAACAGAGCACUCCUGGAACUCUGCCAAAAUAAACAGACCAAAAUGAAAUGUCUGCUGCAGAAGGCUGCUGGUUCUCCAGAAUAUACAAAAUACGAUUAAUAGUGAAGGUGGAAGUCCGGCCCUCUGUCUUUAGCUUUCUUAGAUGAAUAUAUGAAGCCACGUUUGCGUCGGUCUACCCCAGGGCAGUUGAGGCUACAAACGUAUCUUACCUACACCAUGGCGUGAAUGAAUAAUGGCUUCUCAGCGCUAUAUAAAUCUAAUCCAUUAUUAUUAUCAUUCUUUUUGGGACGACACGCUGGAGUGUGGCUUCUGCCAGCCAAUGACAGUUGUUUGUGUGGAAUCAGCCUCUUUAGUAUUCCACCUGGUUGCAAUAAUGGUCGAAGGUGCACCUGAAACCAAAGGUUGUGUUUACAACAGAUUCAGUCUUUUAGCAUCCAACAAUAAACACAUAUGUCGCUAUCUCGGAGGAUAAAUAACUUUUUUCCCCUCAGACUACUGUCCUAUUGAGUAUUUGAGCAUGGACUGAUAGGCUGCCAAUAUGGGAGGCGGAAUGUCUUCAAAGACACCCGGAACAGUUCUACCACGUCCCAACAACAUGCAUGUUAGGUCAUUGGUACUCUUAAUUGUUUAUAAAGUGUGAAUGUGAGUACCAAACAAUGAUGUGACCUGUGACCAGUUCAGGGUGUGCACCGCCUCUCUCUCAGCUAACGUAGGCUCUAGCUCACCCGUGACCCUAAUGAGGACAAGCGGUAAAGAAAAUGGAUCUUCCUUAUAUUUCCACUUUUUGUAGUGGUGACAGUGCAUUAUCUUUGCUGACAGCUGAAUCGUAAUGUGACAAGAGACAAAUAAGACACCAGACUGCAGAUGAGUUGUUUACAGUAAUGACUGGGCUUUUUGAGGCACAAAAAUGUGGUUUUGAGACCAAGGUGUGGCUAAAAAAAAGAGCUCCCCCAAAACAUUUUUUCCCACUACAAAUGUGAGUUUUUCCAGCAGUAGUGAGUCAUCAGAUGCAACUGAUGGUUGUAUGUUGCAGCACAAGUUUGGGAAAAUACCACUUAUUUAUUUACCGUAUUUUCUGGACUAUAGAGCCGAACCCACUAACUACAUUUUAGAAGAAAACAAUAUUUGUGCAUAUAUUAGCCGCACCAAACUAUAAGCCCAGAUAUAUACAUUGUUUAUUUACAUACUUUAAUUUUUUCAAAGAGUGUCUGUAACAAGCAUAUUUGCCAACCCUUCCGAUUUUCCCGGGAGACUCACGAAUUUCAGUGCCCCUCCCGAAAAUCUCCCGGGGCAACGAUUCUCCCGAAUUUUUUCCCGAUUUCCACCCAGACAACAAUAUUGGGGCCGUGCGUUUAAGGCACGGCCUUUAACGUCCUCUCUCACCUGAAACCUUCACCCCUUAACAGCCGUAUGCUGUCCUCACUCAGGUCCGCAUGCUGAUCUGAGGACAGCCUGUCGUCACGUCCAUUUUUCCUCCAUACAAACAGAGUCACAUAACUUCUACGGCUUUUAUUACACACAAGUGAACGCAAGGCUUACUUUGUCAACAGCCAUACAGGUCACACUGAGGGUAGCCGUAUAAACACAACUUUAACACUGUUACAAAUAUGCGCCACACUGUGAACCCACACCAAACAAGAAUGACAAACACAUUUCGGGAGAACAUCCGCACCGUAACACAACAUAAACACAACAGAACGACUAACCAGAACCCCUUGCAGCACAAACUCUUACGGGACGCUACAAUAUACACCCCCCGCUACCCCCCCCCCCCCCCCCAUCUCCCGAAUUCGGAGGUCUCAAGGUUGGCAAGUAUGGUAACAGGGCAGUAAAGUAGCUGUUCAAACAAAACAGAAGUCAUCAUCAUGGACCCACUCGGUGCGUAAGCUAGCCCUGCGAUCAGCUGAACAGACUCAAUAACUCCACGGUGACGUUUUGGUGAAUUUACCCAACAGAAACAAUACAAACAGAAUGCCAUUUUAAGUCAAAAAUACUUACAUGGACGUGUUAGCAUAUUAGGUAAUGCUAACGACGUACAAAUUUGCAUGAAAACGCUAUCAAAUGUGACGGUUUGGUAAGUAUGAAUUGUUUUAGUAGUAUUGUAAAACGUAUAAACAUUGCUUGGAGUGAUGAAUGAAGGAACCAUACGAGUUGAAAGGCUCUGGACAACUAGAAGACGGAACCUGCACUUGAACCUCCGGCUAAACAUAGGGAAAUACUGUAAAUGUUCAACCCGCACCAUUUAUAUUAUUGCAUAAAUAACACACAAAAGUGUGUUAUUUAUGCAAUAACACACCUUUUCGAUGUCUGUCGGUGUGCAAUGUAAACUAUUUGUUAAAACAAAACAUUAUGGCCAUUAGUGAAGAAAACUCCAAAAAUAAGGCACACCGUUUUAUGAACCGCAGAGUUUAAAGUGUGGGAGGAAAAGUAACGCAUUAUAGUCCGGAAAAUAUGGUAGUUAUUAAAUUAUUAUUUUUUGUAUUAUUAUUUAUUUCUAAGUAUGCAAGGUGCAUAUUUGGAAUGAACUGUGUUGUACAAGACUGUUUUGAAAAAUAUACUCCUCAGUGUACUGUGCGGUAUGUACAGUAGAAAGGUUUACUAGAGCAGGGUAUUCCAUGAAAAAGGCAGAAAUGAGCCGAUUGUUGUGUCGGCCACUUCACAAAUGUUGUCCAAGGUAUUAUUGUCGUCCUGUGCGAUUAAGUUGUUGAAAUUGCCGGACAUGACUCAAAUGUGAAGUUAUCAGCCAGAAAAAAAAAACUGCUAUUACGUUUGUUGACAACACCGUGUACAAUGUUCAGUCCUUUUUUUUUUAACGUCACCGAGAGGUUAAACCCGAACUGAAGCAUGACUGAAAAAGUGUUGAAUCUUAGCACAUUGCAGGGGUGUCUUAAGAGGAAUUACACGAGUGUACGUUUGCAAGCUCACAACGAUGGGAGCAUGCGAUACACACCAUGUUGUGUCUUUCUACUAACAAGUCCGGGUCUUGUGUGUUUAGGAAGAGUCAGUACUUGCUUUUAUUGUGAAAACAUUAGACCAGUAACGAGGGGGUGAAUGUAAGAAAUAAAACAUUGUAUUACGCAUUUUACACAGUUUAGUGUUUUGGCUUUUUAAAGUUCCCCACCCAAACGCAGUGCAGCAACACAAGUAUUACUGUAGGGAGUAAUGAGUGUGGGACAUGUAGACUCAACAGAAGCAAUAUUGUACACAUAAUGUGAAGGUUUUCUGUACUUUUGUACGGUGGUCGACAGAGGCAAACACAUCUAAACACAGAAAUGAUGCAAAAAUACAUAAACACCAUAAAAGAAGCAAGCUUCAUUGGCCAUAAAUUGACCAAAACCUUAAAAAAACAACUGCAUAAGAAAAAUGCUGCAAGUUCACAGAACAAAAUUAAUUAGGCUACCAGUGGCACCAAACCCAAGGAUUGUCUGUCUUUUAAGACAUAAUAUAUUACGGUAUUAUAACUCAAAGUCAGAUAUUACAUCAUUUUAUGUGGUCGGCGAAAGCAGGGAAUGUGCGUCAAUAAAAUACUUAAUCUUUCUUACUAAAUGUAUUUGUUCCUUUCAUUUUCAGUUCAGUUCAGUUUCAGUUUAUUUGGAACAUGCGUACGAUACAAUGUAAUGCAUCACACAAUUCCAGUUGUUUCAUUACAGCACGUCCGAAAAGGAGUAGGAAGAAGCAGAGCUUAUUUAGUCCUACCCCUUUUCAUACCAUAGCAAUUUUAUCCAAUUUCCUUGUUCUCUGUAACAGAACAGUGAACAAAUAAAUAAUAAAUAAAUAAUAUACCAUAGUAAACAAACAAAUAUUAUUUUUUGGACAGGAAAAAAUGCCUGUACUUCAUGCAAUUGCGUAUAUUUCAAACCUUAUAAUAAGGUAACAAUAUUAAAGUCACAAAUAUAACAUAUUAACAAAUAUAUUUAAUGAAAAAAAAAUAAAACCUUAACUAUCUGCUUGACUUAGAAUUUCAAAGCAAGUCAUUCAUCAAAUUGUACAUAAAAAAAAAAUAUAUAUACAGUAAUCCCUUAUUGCUGUUAAAUGGCAAAGUAGGAAUCAUUAACCAUAAAUUCAAUAUUUUUAUAGCUAGAGCAUAAAAAAACCUGUUUACUAUUUUCUAAAUACAUUUUUUAACGUCAUGAGGGUCCUCCAGACAUGAAAUAACUCCCUUAAGUCACAUUUUACACUCUUUCAAUCCAUUAUAGUAAUGCUGUCUGAGGCUGAGCCAAUCAGUGGCCUUGACACUGAACAGUGUGAUCCGAUUAUUUUGGUCUCAUCGAGUGGCCAAUACUACUGUAGUAUGGAUAUUUGUAGGCAGUUUAGCCAUUUUCAUCCUUAAAACGCUUAAUAUAGGACAUAAACAUUGUAGAACAGGCAUGUGGUACGCGGGCUCCAUCCAGUGGUAUGCCAAAUAAUCACCCAAUUAAAUAUUCAAACACAGUGUUACUGUUCAAACUAUGCAUAAUGUUACAGUGGACAGAAUAUUAAAUAUACAUGUUAAAUAAGACACCUGCCUUUUUUUCAUGAACAUUCAGGCCUACUGUGCUACUGUGUUUUAAUGUUGGUUAUUAUGGUGGUACUUGGAGAGUGUUUUUGGAGGUAGUACUGGGUAAAAAAAGAACCACUGUUCUAGAAUGUGCUUAAAAUAUGUCAUGAUAAUAUCAAACCACAAUAUUUGAAGCGCGGUGACUGUAAUCAUAGAAAAUUAGGAAAAAAAAAAAAAUAUAUAUAU